AUGGGGCAGCGUGCGGCCCCCGACGAGGGCCGCCGCUGCGCGGAGCCCUGCGGCUGGCAGCCCGGUGUGUGCGCACUGGCGUCUCUGCUGGCACUGCUGGCCCUCUCGGUUUUGUCCACUUGCCUCGACGUGUCCACGACAGAGGAGGUGCACCUCCGCGAGCCGCACCUCGGUGAGCAGCACCCCCGCGAGCCAUACCCGCCCGAGCCACGCCCCAGGGAGCCGCCGCUUCAGGAGCCAGGCCUCCGUGGUGCGCCCCUCCGUGAGCCAGAGCUCCGCGAGCCCCCCUCGAAGCGGCCGGCCGGGCAGAAGAGCCGCGUGGCGUAUGUUGUGUUCGUCAACGAGAGCGGCAGCCGGGCGUGGCAGGACGCGCUCGAGGUGCUGGUCCUUGGCCUGAGCCAGGCGUGCCAGAGGAGCGCCUACGAGGCAGAUGUCCUCGCGCUGGCACCAGAGCGUCUCGGCCCAGACGCGGCCCAGCAGCUUCUGAGGCUUGGCUUCCACGGGGUGGUGAGGAGGCCCAUUCCCAUCAGCACCGUCGAAGCUGCAGGGCCAGAGGCGGGUGAGCCAUCAGGGCAAGGACCCCCCGACGGGGCGAUGGGCCUCCCCGAAGAGACCAUCAAAUACUGGGUGCUCACACUGGCUAAGUACCAUCGCGUCCUUGUGCUGGACGCCGACGCCAUCAUCUUCGACCCGGCCGACGAGCUCUUCGAGGCGGAGGCCUCCUUCAUCACUGCCCCGCGCGCCGGUCCCACUUCCCGCGGCCUGCCGCCGCUUGGAGGCGGCUUCCUGCUGGUCAGGCCCAGUGAGGCGGACUUCCAGGCCGUCAAGGACGCCCUGGCCGCGGGCCGCCGCGCGGGGCCGGCCGGCACCGGCCCGGGCGGGCGGCUGGAGGCCUCGCGCUUCGCGUCGGCGGACGCGCGCGUGUACGGGGCGACGCUGGCCGACGGUCCGCUGGGGGAGCUGCGAGACCCCGCGGCGCUCUCCGCGGCGGCCGCGCGGGUCAAGGCCGCCCGCUUCGGGGGGGCCUGCGGGCGCCCGUGGCUCUGCGAGGCCGCCCCGCCGCACCCGGUGUGCCGCGCGUGGGUGGACCGCUGGUGGCAGCUCCGCGAGGAGCUGGGGAGGCGGCGAGGUGCCCCGGGCGCGAGCCCUCAGCAGUGCGAGGGUGGGCGGUACGAGGCCCUCCCGCCCGCGCCGCCCGCCCAGACGUUGCCCGGCGCGGCCGCGCGGCCAGCCGCGCUGGGGCGGCUGCGAGUGGCGUUCGCGGUCUUCAUCACCGACGUGGCCAACCCGCAGUGGCAGGACGGGCUAGCCGUGCUGGCGUUCAGCGUCCUGAGGGCGGCCAAUGCGAGCAGGCAUCAGGUGGAGUUAGUGGUCUUGGCCCCGGAGAGGUUCUCGGCUCGAGAGGAGCAGGUCCUGCGUCAGUCAGGGUACUCCGAGGUUAUCAGGAGGCCCAUUCCAGUGCCCGUCGAAGAAGUGCAAGGCAAGGUCGCCAGGGAGGCUUUGGGUAAGAUGUCUGCUGGGACCAGCAAGUUCCAGUUCGCGGAGGAGACGAUCAAGUACUGGGGCAUGGCCCUGACGCAGUACGAUAGGGUGCUGAUCAUCGACGCCGACUUCCUUGUCAUAGACGCGAUGGACGAGCUCAUGGAAGACGAGGCCGACCUGGUCGGAGUCUACGACCACGCCAUGGACUGCUGCCGCUCCGCCCUGCCCCCCGUGCAGGGCGGCUUCCUGCUCGUGCGGCCUGGGGAGCCCGACUUCCAGGCGAUUAAGGACCUCAUGCGCGAGGGUGACUGGAAGCUCGGGCCGGGCUGGAAGGGGCCGCCCUUGGCCACGCCCGAACAUCGGCUACUGGUACGGGGGGGUCGGUCCAGACGGCCUGCUGCAGUACUACUAUCCAGGCGCGCUGCCCCACGAGUUCAUGACCGCGAACCGCACGGGACACGGACCCCUGCCGGAGGGGCUCCGCACGGCCCGGCUGCGCGGGUCGAGGGCUCACUUCGUGGACAGGUCGGUAUACGACGUGCUGGUGACGAAGCGGCUCAUCGACGAGCUGGACCCCGCCGACCACGGCGCCGUCCUUGCCGGGGCCAUCGGCCUCGCCCAAGCACGCCUGUAAUCUGUGUGUCAGAUCCGCAGGAGUGGCGCGCGCGCUCAGAAACAUUUCGACGGAAAAAUCAUUCUGACUGGUACAUUCGUGUGCAUAAGAGGUUCGGCGUUCGCCGCUCCUCUCGGAAACAUGUCGCCCCAGGGCCACGUUUGAGCGAUCCACCGUCGGUUACCAGAGGCUGCGCUGAGCUGGUUGUGGUGGAAAAACAGACAAAACAAAACAACAACUAG